ACAGCAGCAGCAAAAACAGCAGCAGCAACAGCAGCAGCAAAAACAGCAGCAAAAACAGCAGCACCAACAACAACAGCAACAUCACCGCUCCACAACCCGCCACCUUCAUCUAGCUCGCCCGAAUCGAGCGAUGCUGGUCGUCGAAGUCGUCUCCCUUCCCGCUCAUACACGCCCAACGUACCAAACUACCUUGCGACACCCACCUCAUCCUCAUCGUCUUCACCCGACGCACCCCCGUCGUUGACCUCAUCACCACCUUCCACACCACCAUCAUCGUCUUCGUCCGCUUCCAAUAAUGCGCCGCUGGGCGGAUCAUCUACCCCCACUGCCACACCAGCAGCGACCCCUUCAACCCCGUCAGCUGUCGGCUCGCCAAGCAGCAGCAUUCCAAAAGUCGCACCACAGUUGCAACACGCUGCUGAAGAUUCUGAUUUGGUUUUCAAUCGCUGCGCGCAGGACAUUCGACAAAUUUUGACCGAACUAUCACUCGCCAGCAAGGAAGUGGUUUCGUCCCCUUCUUCGGCCCCGCAGGCUCCUGCUGACGCACCACAGGCUCCUGCUGACGCACCACAGGCUGCUGCUGCUGCUGCUGCUGCUGCUGCUCAGGCUGACUCUAGCGCCACACCACUGCCAUCGUUUGCUAUCUUUACAUCCGCA